AUGGAGCAGGUGAUAUUGGGGCGUGAGAAGCCCAAGAAUGGGAAAGGAAAUGUGGGAAUGGACUUGCCGAUCGUCCACACCGAAGGAAUGCGGCCGAUUCUCAACUGGGUCGACAAAAUCAGCGAUGACGAGGAGAAUGGCGAGCCGAACGGGUAAGAUAAAAGAGUUGACCUCUUUGAGGAGUUGAAUGGUCAUUAAAAUUUUGAAUUUUUGAUUUCCUAAGGGCGUUUGACUUCAAAAUUAAAAAGAAUUUUGAUUUGGAAGAGUCCAACUUUGUGGUUAUAAAUUUUUUUCUUUUUUAUUAUUUAUAAGACAUCACUUUUCGAGCAGAAAAAUAAAAUAUUGGACUUUGACGAAUCCAUAAAUCCAGCGAUGAUUUGUUUCGUGAUUCCCAGACGGUGCGGGAACAGACCUUUUGA